GACAAUCUGUUAAUACAUACGAGAGGUCAGUGUACGUCACGUAGUUAUUAUUCAGAGUUGAGGAUUUUGUGGAAAUUUAUCUGUCUGGAAGUGUAACGAAAAAAGAUUCCUGAGACUCUCUCGCGGCAAGACAUUACGGGAAAAUAACGCGGAGGUCUCAGGUUCAGCGAAUUUCAUAGUUUGAAGACUUCCCGUAAGAAAGAAGUGUCCGCGGUACAUCGAGUGCUAUAACGCUGGUCGCAUGUAAUUGUGGUAUUGCGUUUGAAAAACUUUAUUUUAUUAAAGGCACAGCCGUCUAUUUGGCGUCUGUGAAGAGAGGACAAGAGUGUGUGAUAGGUUAUGUCAACUGGAUUGGCAGGUGCUGUUUCAAAUCAGCGGAUGAAAGGACAAACUAACAGUCAAGUGAGCAAUGGUCCUAAAGAACACCAGCAGCAACCACAGACAGAACAUGCUGGUGGAGAAGAUACUGGAUUUGAUUCAUGGAGAGGAGGCAAUAGUACACAUCACUCUAGUUAUCCAAUUGGAACUGGUGAUCCAUAUAGUCCUUACUAUGCAAGUACUUCAUUUCCUUAUCAAACAUUUGGUGCUGGGGAUGGUACUUGGUCAAAUGGAACAGACCCCGUUGCGUUUCUUUCUGGCUAUGGAGGUCAAAUAGGUCACGAUGCAUAUGGCAUGGAUGGAAUGUUUUCUGCUAGUGCAGGAGGUGGUUUUAGUACAUUUGGUCAGCCUGCUUUUAAUUAUUUUCAUGGAAAUGGUGAUUUUAGUGCUUGGGGCACUCCAAGAAAAACACGCUAUGAAGAUUAUUAUCAGGCUCCACGUGGAAAUGAAAAUUAUCCAACACCUAGUAACGCAGAAAUUAAGACUAUUGAACAAAGUGUGCAAGGCUUGUCACUAGGAAGUGGAGAAGUUCCACGUCAAGAACAAACUUCAUCUAAUCAAUCAAUAAAACCAGAAGCAAAAGAACCUAGAAAGAUAACAUGGGCCAGUGUUGCAAGUCAACCUGCAAAGCCUGUUCCUCCACUUUCAUCUUCUCAAGGAAUGAAGAAAAAGGCUGGAAUGCCACCACCACCUAUUGUGCCAGGGAAGCACAAUAUGGACAUUGGAACAUGGGGUGAAGGUAAAUCUUCUGCACCUCCUCCAACAGCACCUCCGCCACCUCAAGUACAGCCUCCUGUUCCACCACCUCCGCCAUUGGCUCAGAGACAGAGACCUCCUCCUCCUCCACCAUGUUGGAAUAGACAACCUACAACACCUCCAUCACCACCACAAUCACAAAUUCAUAUGUCCCCACAACAACAGCAGCAGCAGCAACAACAACAACAACAACAGCAGCAGCAGCAGCAGCAACAACAGCAACAACAACAGCAGCAACUGCAGCCACAACAGCAGCAAAUUACACAAUCACAGUCGCAUCCUGUCUUAGAUAAGCUGAAAGUGAAGAAUGAUUAUAAUCCUGUAGAAUUUGAUGAAACUGCUCCUGGAGCUAGGUUUUUUGUAAUCAAGUCUUACUCUGAAGAUGAUAUUCAUAGAUCCAUUAAAUAUGAGAUUUGGUGCAGUACUGAGCAUGGUAAUAAAAGAUUGGAUCAAGCAUAUAAAGAAGCCAGUUGUGAAGGUGCGCCUUUAUAUUUGUUCUUUUCUGUCAAUGGAUCUGGUCACUUUUGUGGUAUGGCACAAAUGGUGUCACCUGUUGAUUAUAAGAGCAAUAGCUCUGUAUGGUCUCAAGAUAAAUGGAAAGGCCAAUUUCGUGUACGUUGGAUUUAUGUUAAAGAUGUUCCUAAUGUGCAACUUCGUCACAUUAGACUAGAAAACAAUGAAAAUAAACCAGUGACUAAUUCAAGGGAUGCACAGGAAGUCCCUCAUGCAAAAGGCAUAACAGUGUUACGUAUAUUACAUACUUAUCGACAUUCAACUAGCAUUUUUGAUGACUUUGGACAUUAUGAACGUAAACAAGCAGAAGAAGAUCAACGUAAGGCUCCAUCAAAUGCUAUACAACAUCAUCAUUCUUCCAAUCAUAGAAAUAGAGGACAUUCAGAUUUAUCAAGGGAUCACCAUCCUCAUCAAUCGCAUUUACAUCAUCAACGCAAAGAUCGGGAUGGUGGUCGUGGUAGAGGCAGAGGAGGUUCACGCCAGUAGCGAUGGAUACAACAAGAAUAUAAUACUGUUCAUAAUAGUAAUCAUCGUAAAGAAAGCAUGCUACGACUAAUUAUCGUCUUACUACUUACCUUUGCUUUCUUGGAUACACAAAAGGCUUCUAAUUCCUGUGAAAACUUGUCAUCAUUGAGACUAUUUCCUUCUGUUAAAUAAUCAACUUGUAUGAUAAUUAGCGUCACGACGGCAUCAUAAAUAUUAUCUGAUCAUAACUACCAUGAAGAAGAACGUAAUUCAAUUUCAAGGGAUAUUGGGUAACCUUGCUGACAGUUAUAAGCAUAUAGUGUGGUGUUGCGUGCUAUUCAUCGAAAGGUGUUUCUUAAACGUACAAAUUAAAAAUGAGAGAAAAAUGAAAUAUGGAACAGAAGAAAAAACUGUAAUAUAUGGACUAACCCUUGUAAAAUGCUUAAACUUUUGUUGAUAAUGAAAAAAUCUAUGCGAGAACAAUAUUGUAAGCAAGUGUCAUUUAAAUCAAUUACCAUUUUAAACUUUGAUGGACAUAUAACCUGGUGCCUGUGGCUGAAAGGACUCACCUUUCUUUGUUAUAAAGGUGCAAGGGCUUAUUACAACGUUUUAAGUUUAUGUGUAACAAUUAUGCUUGAUCAUUGGAUAAUAAUAGAAAUUAUUGUCAACUGAUUA